AGAAUCAGCAGAGGGCAGCGCUGCUUGCGUUUACGCACGGCUUUGUACGUGACCCGUCAGCGGUGUUUAUACGGGUCCAACAAUGUUCUGCUGCUUUAAAGUGUCAUAAUUAGUUGAUAAUCACCAGAAAGCGCUAGAACCAGUUGUAUUUAGAUAUCUGGCUUUAAGUCCGAUGUAAGACAUGAAGAAACACAGAGAGCUAUGGAGAGUAGAUUCUGUGUUUUGAGCGACACCGAAGACCUCCAGACGCUAAUUUCAAACACCGAAAACAAUCUGCACUUCGAAAGGUCCAAGACGCUGUUUGAAGAAAUCCGUGCCUCCAUCAACAACAAUGAUGAAGAGGACCGCUCCUUCUGGAGGCCUGUGCUCCCCUGGGGUGGCGUCUUUACCAUCAAGGCAGGACGUAAGGCCAUCUCAUGCACCCCUCUGUACGUCAAAAUCAACCUUAAAAACACCUGCACCAUCGACGGCUUCCUCAUGAUCCUGUAUGUGAUUCUGCGGGACAACCAGGGCUUCCCCAGGGAGCUGGCUGUCUUUCUGGGCAAGCAGUUCGUGGAGCAUUUCCUCUACCUGAUGGACUCCUGUGACUACGCCACAGUGAAGAUGCUGUGGAUCUGGGACAGGAUGUCUAAGAGACAGUACCGCUCUGAGAUCCACCAGGCAGCACUGGAGAUCGACCUGUUUGGUAACGAGCACGAGAACUUCACAGAGAACCUGGAGAACCUGAUGUCCACCAUACAGGAGAGUCUGUGCACCAACUGGAGCUGCCCGGCACGCUUCCAGGAGUUCAUCAAGACUACGAUCAACAUCAGCCCUCCUCAUGAGCUGCCUCAUAGAGACCCCAUUCAGUCGGCCGUGGAUGAAUUCUUCUGCCCCAAGCUCCUACUCUGCUCACAACUGGGGUGUGAUGGUCUGAGGGAGUUCUCUCAGAGGGUUUUCUGCCAUGGACCCCCACCCUUUGUCAUUUUCAACAUGCAGAAGUGGAAGUCGGAGGAGCUGUCCUAUGUUCCUUACCAUCUGGCUCUCUGUCAGCACAGGUACUCACUGGAGGGCGCCACACUCUUCAACAAGGAGGAGCAUCACUACUCUGCAGCAUUCCAGAUAGACGGCUGCUGGAUGCACUAUGACGGCCUGAGGGGUGACAAUCUGAUCCUGUUGCACAAACCACCGGAGCUCCUGCUGCUGUCCUCUCUGGUCUACAUCCGCGCCUCCGACAAGUGAACUCCUCACGUCACAAGUUGGAUACACAGAUGAGCAGCAAUCUCACGAGAGAAAACAAAAAAUCACUGACGGCAUUACAUUGCUAUAAUCCUGUUUCAUACUUUUUAAUUCCUGACAGUCGUUACUUCCUUUGUUUCACCUGAAAAAUUUGCAGAAAACUUACUGUGCUAAAUGGAAAUUACUUAAUUUUGGGCAUGCUUGGAAUCCAAGAAUAUAAUGGACUAUAAUAGUUCUGGGUUGAUAUGCAUAAAUGAAUAUCAGUGAGUGAUUGAUCAAUGGUUGUUAAAAGGAUUACAUUCUGAAGGUGUAUAAAGCAGCCUUGUUUGUGACUGUACAUCACAUUCCAGUUAAAUUUUACAUUCAAUGCAUAUCAACCCGUUCCUACAAUUAAACUGGUGCUUUUUCUAUUUACACUGUGGUCUGAGGCCAAGGUACAUGUCAGGUUAAUGUCUUGUUCUUUAAAAUGUUUAAAUUGGAGGCAAGGGUUUAAUACAGUGAGUGAAUGUCAAGGGCGUUCUGAAAUCUCUAUUUUCUGACUAUACAAACUUAAAUAUUUACCUGUUUGGCUUGCCGGGGACUAAGCUUGUAGCAUUCACGUACUAAUUCAAUAAAUCCAAGCACACACUGCAGACACCCACACAGGGAAUAUGUAUUUACAUUAUUCAUUUUUAAAUUGUUUUCAUCCUCAAAGAAUUACUGGUAUCACACGGUGCCUCUGCUCUGUUUGUGAAAGGGAAUCCUGUCGAGUAUAUAUCCUUGAUCGUGACUAGUUUUCACUUUUUUUCUAUGCAGAGACUGUUUAAAAUGUAAAUACAAAUAUUUUGGAGUACACUUGCAUGGAUUUAUUUUGUCGUACUUGUGCAUCGCACGGAUGGUAUAACGAGAGUCACAUAAAAGCAGACGGUACCUUUUAAGGCAGGCAUUUAUUUUAAACUGGGUACAACUGCACCACACAAACUGACUAAAAUGUAUGUAAAAUGUCUUCAAUCAAAACAUGAUCAAAUGUGAAAAGCUACUGUUUCUACACCUAAGGUUAUCUUGUACUUCCAGUAUUGAUCCACAGGAUAUAAAAUUCAAGAUCAUCACCUUUACUUCAGACGCACAAUGGGAAAUGUAAAAGAAGCAGAGUGGUCAUUUGGCUAACAUUGACAUCAGUUUCAAAGGAUUUUUCUCUCAGACACAAACAUUAGAGUGGCAGUCCAACGCAGACCAGGUGUUAAGUCAUCCAUCUGCUUUCUUUGAACAAGCACUUUGGUGAGAGUGGUGGCAAAAAACAUGACAUUGGUUAGGCCAUAAUAAUAAAAAUGCGUACAAACUCAAUUUUAAAACAUCCCUUUCUUUUUGCAGGUUCACGUUUGCAGAUUUUCAUCAGCGUCUCUCCAAAAUUCAUUAAAGUAGUAGUUAGUGUACACCUCAGAAAUCAUGACAUCUCACACACUCACACACACACACAUACACACAACAGUGAUGCUAGAUGAAUCAUGGCAGCAGCACAUAAUUACGCCUGCGUAAUUAGUGCCGUGGCUGUUAAGUGACUGAACAUAAAUCUAGUACAAUUGAGAAAAAAAAAACUGAAUUAGCAGACAAAAUCAGGUUACACAACAUAGAACGAUACAAAUCAUAAAUACAAAAGUCAUUCACAUCUUUCUAAAAUAAAAUGACAUAUUUGCAGAAAUACGUUUGCGUUGCUUAUGUGUUUCUCUUUCGAAAAACAAAACCACAAGUCAAAAAAGGAAAGUACUUCAUGUGGCGAUGCAAAACAAACUUAAUGUCUCACCAGUGACACCCUGACCAAUUUGCAAGGCAAAUGUCUUUAAAGUUCCCGUCUGUAGUAUUAGUUUCCGUAAUCAUUUUACAAACACAUCAAGUUUAGAGUACAAGGGUUAAAGUGGAAGAUGUCCUGUCUAGCGUUUACAAGACUUUGUGGCGAUGACACCUUUUUUUUUUGUUUUUCCCCCAAACAGGUGUAUACAUCAAAUUUGGCCAUUGAUAAAUUAUGAGCGAUCCAUCUGAAUAUGGCUAGAUAAACACGAGCCUUGUAAAAAAAAAAAAA